CAUGAGACGUACUGAACGUGCUGGAAAGAUGGCGGCGUUUGUGCUAGCCUGGGAACUUGUUUAACUUACGAGAUAAAAAGAGAGCUCUUGCACUCUAGUCAUAGGCAAAAUAAAAACAAAUAUUACACAUCUUGGUCACAGGAAGUGAAUUCUGGUAAAAAAACAAACACCCAUAUAUGCUGAGAACAAAUUUCCUAGAUACCACCUGUCUGACUGUACUGUCAGAGCGAGAGCUGGGGAGUGGGACUGACCUUGUCUAGUUAAAUUACUGGUGGGUUUGUUAUACUGCUAGUGAAAAGAAAAAAAAAAAAGGAUGGAAUGUUACAUUUUCUAUUGUAUGAGUAUAACUACUACUUUUAGAUAAACAGCAUUUGAAUAGGACAGUGUUGCCAGCCACUCCCUAUUUGAUUAUGUUCAUUUUAUUCUGAUUAUUUGAUUGUGGAUAUGUCUUGCUUCAUGUGUACGGGCUGACGUGAGUGAGGCUCUAAAUUACGCCUGAGCGAGAAGAUUCGACUACCGGUAAACCCUUUAGGAAUAUUAAUAAUAAUAUUAAUAAAAUAAAUAAAUAAACAAAAACAAAAUCAGAUGAAUUAGUUCAGAAGAGCAGUGUGUAAGCAUGACCUACCGUAAAUUAUUCAAUUAUGUGUGCGUUGCAAGACCAGAUGUCUCUGUUUUAAAGUGGAAGGACAAUGUCUUUCUUUCUGUACCUCUGGUGCUUGGAGUUCGCAAUGUUUUUACAAAAAGUUCUGAAGGUAAUGCUGGAUUUAAACCUGCGAAAGUUGCUGUGGUAACAAAAACCACCAGAUGUGAGUUUGAACAGCAGAGAUACAGGUAUUCUGGGCUUUCUGAACAGGAUCUGAAGCAACUGCUCGCAAUGAAAGGCUCAAGCUACAGUGGCCUGUUGGAGCGCCACAGUAUCCACACUAAGAAUGUGGAGCACAUUGUUGACAGUCUACGAAAGGAGGGGAUUGAGGUCCGACUGGUGAAAAGAGGGGAAUACAAUGAAGAGAUUGUCCAGUGGGCUGAUGCCAUUGUAUCUGCCGGUGGUGACGGCACCAUGCUGCUGGUGGCCAGCAAAGUUAUGGACCGCUUUAAACCAGUUGUGGGAGUGAACACCGACCCAGAAAGAUCUGAGGGACAUCUGUGCUUGCCCGUGCGCUACACAAGCUCCUUUCCAGAAGCUCUUCAGAAACUUCAGCGAGGAGAAUUCAGGUGGCAGUGGCGUCACAGGAGCCGGAUUUACCUGGAAGGAACUGGAAUAAACUUGACCCCCGUAGAUCUGCAUGAGCAGCAAAUGAGCCUUGAGCAGCACAGCAAGGCACACAGGAUCAGCAUGAACUCCAGUCACAAGUCAGGGGAGACUUCUGGACCACACCUUCUCCCUGUUAGAGCCUUGAAUGAGGUCUUUAUUGGGGAGUCGCUGUCUUCCAGGUACAAUCUGUACAAAAGCACAAUCUAUGUUUCUUUAUUCCACAGGGCGAACUAUAAAUCCUACAAACCCCGUUUCACAUUCUCGCUUCAUAGGGCCUCGUAUUACGAGAUCUCAGUGGAUGAUGGACCCUGGGAAAAGCAGAAGAGCUCUGGGGUCAAUGUGUGCACUGGAACAGGAUCCAAAGCCUGGUCCUGCAACAUUAACAAACUGGCAUUCCAAGCAGUGGAAGAUGUUCUUAAAAUUGGCAACAAGCUAGCCGGGUUGAAUCUUACUUUGGACAAGGAGCUAAUCGAAAAAGUUACAGAGGAGUACAAUGAGUCCCUGGUGUUUAAUCCUGAAGAGCCCAAGAUGUUUUUCAGCGUGAGGGAACCAAUUGUUAAUCGAGUCUUCUCAAGCAGUCGGCAGCGUGGCUUCACUACAAAGGUCUGUGUCCGCUCUCGCUGCUGGGAUGCCUGUAUGGUUGUGGACGGAGGGACGUCCUUCGAGUUCAAUGACGGGGCACUAGCCACCAUACAAAUGAAUGAGGACGAUGCUCUUCUCACUGUUGUACUUGAAUAGAAACUGCUGUGCCUCCAAACACAUCAGUAUCACAAGGAUCACACGCUCAGGGCUCUUGCAUAACAUGGGGCAAUGUUGUCAUGUCACCCACUCUGAGGACUGUGAAGAGUCUAGGCUAGAAGCCAGUGGAGUAAAGAAAAUAGAGCAAAAGGGGAGGAAUGACACUAUCCACUUUACACUAAACAUUAUUUAAGAGGUUUUUAUAGGGUUGGUUUGAGAUUAUCAUUUGGAUAUGGAACUUCAGUACAACAGGGAAGGUGUUACUUGGUUUGUAUACUAUAUAUUUCAUGUGAAUAGCACCUCUACUAUGCAGUUCCAUUUUGUGGACGUCAGCAAUUAAUUUUCAGGACUAGCUAAUGCUGUCUUAGGUAUCUUGGGUCAUGCAAUCCAAGUUGAAUGCUAAUCAGGGUCUGUGAAACCAGAUGUUUAUGUUCUGGUUGACACUUAUUUAUCCGUUUUGCUACCCUGCUGAGCCGUAUAACUCCGAACACGCCCUUGACUUGCAGAGCUGGCCAGUAGGUUAAACCUUAUUAGCAUUAAUCUACAUAGAAAAACUGUUGUCCUGAAGUGCAGAAAUAUAUAUUUUUAACUAAUAAAUGACUCUCAAUAAUAGAUUGAUAUAUUUUCAACUGUAGCUUAGGUAUGGUAAACUUUGUUUUCUUUUUUUAUUGUUUGUGGAGGUGUAACUCUGCUUUAGUGAAAUAUUACUAUAUAUAUAUAUAUAUAUAUAUAUAUAUAUAUAUAUAUAUAUAUAUAUAUAUAUAUAUAUACACACACACUCACAGUAGAUGCGGGUUAUUAGCAACCCUGAUAAAGACAACUUUAAGUUAUUAACAGCAUUUUCCCAGGAACCAUUCCCGUCCCAUAGACUUUAAUGUUAAUGGAAUUCUGAUAUUAGCAACUGCACGCCGCUUAUUGACAACUUUAAUACUAGUUGCCAGUGCUACUGAGUGCUCUUGCAUGAUUUAUGCGCAUACUUCACGCAGCUUGUGUAACGCACUGACUUCACAACUGCAUAUUUCUGGUGGACUGUGGCAGAAUCGUGGCUUUGAAACUGGUUACGAAGCUGCACGCAAAAUUGAGAUGGAUUUACAGCGGGAGGUGGUACAUUGUAAAAAGCAGACAACAUUGGACAAUUUCUUAUUUUAAAAUUGUGUUCUUGUGUAAGUACAACACAUCUGUAUGUUUGCUUUACUCAUUGUAAGGACAAUUGUAGUACAUCGUUGUGUUGUACUAUUUAAGCCUACACGUGUGAAGUAAACAGUUCUAUGUUUUGGUAUUUCAUGUUUCUCAUGUUAAUUUUUUUAACACUAUCAUUUAAAACACAUGUAUUUCAGUGCCAUAUCUGUACAACUACCUAUAUAUCGUUCCAUAUAAAUACACUUGAAAACGGGGACUUUUCGCUUAUUGACAACUUUCAGUUAAUGACGUUUUGCUGGUAACCGAGAGGUUGUUAAUAAACGGCAUCUACUGUAUGUAUAUAAUCACAAUGUAAAAGCUUUUUGGGGGUUUAAUUACAGAAAUUUGAAAGCAUACUGCACAAAGCAGAGUGGAAUGGUGAAGAGGUUGAAACAAAAUGGUGAAUACAUUGAAACAUUCACAUUCAUGUUUCAAUGUAUUAAGUGAUUCUCAGGUAAUCUAUAUCCAGUGUUUCAAUCUUCACAAAAUAAGAAAUAAGUAUUAUUGUUGUUGUUGUAGUUAGUAGGGAGGUCAUUUUUAUUAUUCACCAAAGAAAAAAAAAAUAACAGCUCCCAAGAGCUUUAUGUGUUGGAUGGGUCUUACUUCAGAUGAAUUAAAAAACAAAUGUCUCCUUAUGGAUUCAGUUCAAUUCAUCAUUGCUUAACCAGGACAUGAAAGCCCUUUGAAAUCUACAACUCAUUUACAAGAGGGUCCCUGGGGCUGCAGUAGCACACGAUCACAUUAAGUCACAGCUACCAUACAGAUGCUGUUCCCCCAAGAAAGCUGCAACCCCCUGUUACUCUUCACAGUGAGGUUUAUAUAGAUAUGUUCAAAUAAUGAACAAAGAUUCACUGGAUAUGUGUCUUUUGAGGUAGCUUGCAUUAGUACAUGAAAUAGAACUGGUGAAUGCCUAACAAGACAAAAAGUAAAGAAGCAUUCUCCUGUUGCUCUCUAUGGCAUGUACACUACAAGGCACUUUGUCAGUUCAAAUGGAAAUGCAGCAUUGCUAAAUUAAAUCCAGACGCAACCAUUACCGAUAAGGCUUAAUCAUCACUAGAAAACAUGGUAACCCAAAUGUUGUUUGCAGUGCAGGAUUAAUAAAGAUUUACUGCCAGCAUGUUAUGGCUGAUACUGCUAUACAUCAUAAUUCAUUAGAUUAAAAUAAAUACUUUCCAGUGAUUAUACACUAUAGUGGUGACUAGCAGCAAAUGACAAACAAGGAAGGAAGCAAUUAACAUUGAAGAAAGGGCUUUAGUUUUGUGGGAUUUUAUUUUUCCAGAAUAUGCUUGACUGGUUAUUGCUGUGCUUACUGUGUUGUCACUAUGGGUUCCUAAAACUGCUAUGUUUCUCAUAAAGAUUAUUAUUUUUCAGGUAAAAAUGUCUUUGUUUAUUAAAAAUAAAAAUAAGUAAUAAUUUAAAUGAAAAUUAAAAUAACAUAACUGUCCAUGAAUAACAGUAUGUAGUGGGAAAUUAAUUGUAAAAAGUAAUUUAUGGGUUUAUUACCUGGUUGCUGACCAUGCUUCCUAGUAUAGACAAAGUUACCAAAGUAAUGCGAUGAGAAACCUGUAAACAAGGCCUUUAUUACUAUUUUAAACAUUUCAAGCUUUACAGAUUUCUUUACUGUUUCAAUGCUUUUCUUUCGUUUCUUCACAUUGUAUCAGAAUGUUCCAGUUAUCUACUGUAAGGGAGUACUUGCUAAUACAGCUCUGCUUGGUGGAGAAACGUGCUUAAUGUUUUUAAACCCCAACAUUUGUACAAUGAUUAAAGGAAUAUUUGCUAGCA